AUUUAUUUAUGCAGAAUUAACGCGCAUGCGCGUAAAAUAAAAAUCAUACAAAAAUGUUUGUUUACAUAAAAAUGACCUGUGGAAAACCAUGCUGAACGUUAGGAGUGGCUACUUUCCGAAUUCGGUUCCGGCGUUUUUGUAGGGAACCCUUAGUUACAAGAUUGUCCAAGUUUUUUACAGUACUUCAUAUGUAAGCUCUACCCACAGAAGUCUUUAUCUCUUUGGCGUCCCUUAUAGAUUUUUGGACAUUAAAAAAGGCCUGGAAUCGAAAGUGGGACAGUAGUUUGUUAUAAGUUAAUUUUUUUACAACGCCAAUUGAGUUAAAACUGUGAAACCCUAAAACUCAAAUUGUGAAAGGCUUUUUCCCUAAAUGCAAAUGUUAUACUUUUUUUUACUUAUUCGAUUAAACGGAAGCAAACUUCGCGGCUCACUUUUCUAGAAGUUGUAUAAGAAAUAUUUUUGUGCAGAUAUUACAGAAAUUUAGUAUGAACUUUGAAGCUGGGGAACUGAUAUAGAGGAUCAUAUAAAAAAUGAAAUAUGCUGGAAAUGAGAAUGAAUCGAUAUGCCUUUUUUGAAUGUAGUUAGAAAGAAGUUUCUCUGGUAUGCUAACUUAGUUUUUGUGCACAAAAACGCAUUUGUCAGCAUUUUUAGUUAACUUGUUUACAAGGAACAUAAGGCUUCAUACGUUCAUUCAGAAGAUAAUGAACUUUGAUUUGGCUGGUUUUAUAACGAAGAGCAAAAUUUGUAUUAUUUAUAGCAGGGCUAUUUAUAAUAUGUCCCUUGCAAAUAUUCAUUUUAGAGAAACAAUAAACAAGAUGAAUUUUUCUAUUGCUCACAUCUUUCGCCGACGCAUAUUCCUUUUCAUUUUCUUAACAUUGUUAGCCUUGAUGACCCUUGUUCGGAUUGAAGUUGGUUUCUUGAAACCUCCGAACUGGACCGAUUUGUCACAGCUUAAACUGAGUUCAAAAAUUGCACAGUUAUCAGAAUUUCUUCAAAAGUUUGAGGUUAAUGAGAACGCAUCAUCGUCAUCAUUCGCACCAGCAACAAGAUUAAAAAGAGAAAAACAAACCACAACACAAUCAACAACAACAAAAUCAACUACAACAAAAUCAACUACAACAAAAUCAACUCCAACAAAAUCAACUACAUCAAAAUCAACAACAACAAAGUCAACCAAAUCCCCAGUUGUUAAGAAGAGUAUAUUUAAAAGCAAGAAGAAAAAGAAAUGUUUUAUCAGAGAACAUCAUCUCUUUCCAUCUUGUCUGGAAAAAUUUAAUGAACUCAAGAAUGAUUGGGAUAAUAAGUGCUACCGUAAACAUGGUGUGGAUGGAAGCAAUUGUACAAUACUAGAGUAUUUGACAACGAUAGAGCCAUAUUGUAUGGGUGAAGAGUUGAAAGAUGAACAUUCCACAAGAGCAUAUGCUACACCAAGAUUUGACCUGGAAGGGGUGCUUAAGCUACUUCCAGAGGUCCCAUUCUCCUGGUUGAGACAACGUGCAAAAUUGCUAUGGCCAGAUUGGGUGGAGGCAGGCAAACAAUUUAUGAAGCAUAAAACAAGAUGGAGGAAAAAAAAGGUUGUAGUGUACAUGUUUGCUGUUGCGAAUUCCGGAUUUCUUAAAAACGCAGGCCGUGGUGGACCACUUGGUGAAUUGGUGCAAUGGACUGAUCUCAUAUGUGGAUUAUAUAUUUUGGGAUAUGAUCUUCAAGUGGCAGCUAAACCUGACUAUUUAACAGCUUUGGACAGAGAUGAUAAGAAUAAUUGUGCAACUUAUAAUUUAACUGAUACCGUUGAUAUCAUAUACUUGGAUAUAAACAGCAUUCAAAUGCUUGCAUUUUCACAUGGUAAAGCAUCCACAGCUAAAUACAGAUGCAUGUUCCGUAUACUGGACUCAUUUGGAACUUAUCCAGAAUUCAACGUCAAAAAUUUUCCUCAUCCUAUCGAAGCUGGUCCUUCAGGAUGGGGGAAAUUAGAUAUGAUUACUACCCAGUUCUUAACUUUGUAUCCACAUACCCAUGAUAAUAGUUUCCUUGGGUUUGUUGUGGGUAGCAACCAGAGAUCAAAUGUUACUAAGUCAGUCCUCAUCAACAAUACUAAAGAAAUGGCGUUGGUAUAUGCUAAACAUUCAUCUUAUUUUAGGGGCGAGAAAGAACUUGCUUAUUUAAAAGUUAUCAGCGAAUAUUUCAACUUGCAUGCUACAGCAGUUGUGUCAAAGGAUGAAUUACCCUCAUUCAUAACCAAUCAUGGACCAGUUUCUAAUUCAAAAGUGCAAGAAUUACUAAGACAAUCCAAGUUAUUUGUAGGUGUUGGGUUUCCUUUCGAGGGACCUGGUCCCAUGGAAGCUAUGGCUGGCGGUGCUAUUUUUUUGCAGCCCAAAUUUGCAAAACCGCAGAACAAAUUAAAUAAUGCUUUCUUUGGAGGAAAACCAACAUUUCGAGAGUUGACGUCACAAAGUCCAUAUAUGGAAGAAUUCGUUGGCGAACCGUACUGUUACACGAUAGAUAUAAAAAACGUAACUUUACUUAGAUCGACUUUGCAGAAAAUUAAAGAUAUGAAGCCCUUACCACCGAAGAUACCAAAAGAAUUCACAAAUGAAGGAAUGUUAGAGAGGAUACACAUUUUUACUGAACAUAUGGAUUAUUGCAAUCCAUUUGCUCCGAGAUGGCCACCAAUCGAUCAUCUACAAACAUUUAUAGCAAUGCCUGGUCAGUCUUGCAAAGAUUUGUGCAUGUCAAAAGGUCUGGUUUGUGAGCGAUCCUAUUUUCUUGACAUAAAUACACAGUUUAGUAUAGAAAGAUAUGGAAACGUAAAAUGUGAUUCAGUACAAACAGUAAAUUUUCUACAUCCUCCGUCGUACGAAGCUUCGUCGAAAAUUUGCUACUUACAAAAGAAUACGCAACACUAUAGUUGCAUGCAUCAACAACAGAAUCUCACGCGAUUAUGUCCAUGUAGAGAUUAUGAAAUAGAACAAGUGUCAAUAUGCAAUCAUUGCUUACGUUAAGCUGGCAAUGUUACUAGAAGAAUAAGAAUUAGAACACAGCAGGCAUGGAUAAAAGCUAGGAUAAAAAUAGUAAUAAUAAAAAUAGGAUUUUUUAAUUCAAGAUUUACUAUCUUAGUAUAGCGCUUGUUUAUAUUGAUGUGUAAAUAAAAUUUAAUCAUUUGGUUUUA